AUGGAUGGUUUAAUUGAACAGAACAGUGUGCUUAUGCAUAAUAAAAUCACAGAGGCUGGGAAAAGGAAUGGCUUAAUCAACACAAGAAAUUUAAUGGCAGAAAAUAAAGAUGGAAUGGUGUCGGUUUAUCCAACCCCCCAAUAUCAGAGUCACAUUGUUGGAACUAUUUCAACACAGACUGCCAUAGACAACAUAAAAAAUGACCCAGUUCAACAACUGUUGGAUCCUAACAUGCUGCAACAGACUGUGGAGUCCCACUAUCGCCCCAACAUCAUUCUGUAUUCUGAGAAUGUCUUACGUUCUUGGGGAGAGAAUGUCAGCGCGGAGUGCUGUGAAACCACAUUUAUUGAAGACAGAUCACCAACCAAAGACAGUCUUGACUACCAGAUACCAAGUUCAUUGACCUUUCCUCUGAAGACAUCAAAAUCCACACCCUUUCCUAUGAUGUGGAAGAGGAGGAGGAAUUUCAAGAAUUAG